ACCGAACUCCGUAUUUUCAUUUCAAGAAAAAAAACCGAGAGGAGUCGUCUGUUUCACACUCCGAUUCUUGUGCAUUUUUUGCACUUGCUCUGUUCUCAAAACAAAUGGAUUCAUCAUCGUCUUCUGCUGCUGAUUCCUUGAAAGUUUCGCCUAUGGAUCUCAUGUCGGCCAUAAUCAAACGCAAUAUGGACCCUUCCAACGCUUCCUCCAACUCUUCUGCUGAGGUAGCCGCCAUCCUUUUCGAGAACAGAGACUUCGUUAUGAUCUUAACCACCUCAAUCGCUGUGCUCAUCGGCUGCGUCGUCAUUCUUGUCUGGCGUAGAUCCGCUUCUCAAAAACCUAGGCAACUCAACCCUCCUAAGCCUUUGAUCCUUAAAGAACCCGACCUGGAAGUCGAUGACGGGAAGAAGAAGGUCACCAUCUUCUUCGGUACUCAAACGGGCACCGCCGAAGGCUUCGCCAAGGCUCUAAUCGAGGAGGCAAAAGCACGGUAUGAAAAGGCGACUUUUAAAAUUGUCGAUUUGGAUGAUUAUGCGGCGGAUGAUGAUGAAUACGAGGAGAAGAUGAAGAAAGAGAGUUUGGCUUUCUUCUUCUUAGCCACUUAUGGAGAUGGUGAGCCAACAGAUAAUGCAGCUAGGUUCUAUAAAUGGUUCACUGAGGGAAAAGAGAGGGGAGAAUGGCUUCAGAACUUGAAGUAUGGAGUGUUCGGCCUUGGUAACAAACAGUAUGAACAUUUUAACAAGGUUGCAAAGGUGGUUGAUGAGAUCCUUAUUGAUCAGGGAGCAAAGCGCAUAGUUCCUUUGGGUCUCGGAGACGAUGACCAAUGCAUGGAAGAUGACUUUACAGCAUGGCGUGAAUUAGUAUGGCCAGAGUUAGAUCAGUUUCUACGCGAUGAAGAUGAUGUGACAACUGGUUCUACCCCAUACACUGCUGCUGUUUCGGAAUACCGUGUUGUAUUUUACGAUCCUGCAGAUGCACCCCUUGAAGAUAAGAAGUGGAGUAAUGCAAAUGGUCAUGCUAUUUAUGAUGCUCAACAUCCAUGCAGGUCUGAUGUGGCUGUGAGGAAGGAGCUUCAUACUCCUGCAUCUGAUCGUUCUUGCACCCACCUUGAAUUUGACAUUGCUGGCACUGGACUUUCAUAUGGAACAGGGGAUCACGUUGGUGUUUACUGUGAGAACCUUGAUGAAGUUGUAAAUGAAGCAUUGAGUUUAAUGGGUUUAUCACCAGACACUUAUUUCUCUAUUCAUACCGAUAAAGAGGAUGGUACGCCAAUUGGUGGAAGUUCUUUGCCGCCUCCUUUCCCACCUUGUACUCUGAGAACAGCGCUGGCACGAAAUGCUGAUCUUUUGAGCUCGCCAAAAAAGUCUGCCUUGCUUGCUUUGGCUGCUCAUGCCUCUGAUCCAACUGAGGCCGAUCGACUAGGACAUCUUGCAUCGCCUUCUGGAAAGGAUGAAUAUGCACAAUGGAUUGUUGCAAAUCAGAGAAGCCUCCUUGAGGUCAUGGCUGAAUUUCCUUCAGCUAGGCCUCCUCUUGGUGUUUUCUUUGCAGCGGUUGCUCCAAGGUUGCAGCCUAGAUAUUACUCAAUCUCAUCCUCACCAAGGAUGGCACCUUCUAGGAUUCACGUAACUUGUGCAUUGGUUUAUGAGAAAACGCCAACAGGUCGUAUUCACAAAGGAGUUUGUUCAACUUGGAUGAAGAAUGCUGUGCCAUUGGAGAAAAUCCAGGACUGCAGCCGGGCACCCAUUUUUGUCAGGCAAUCGAACUUUAAACUUCCUUCAGAUACUAAAGUGCCCGUUAUUAUGAUUGGCCCCGGUACCGGAUUGGCUCCUUUCAGGGGAUUCCUUCAGGAAAGACUUGCCCUGAAAGAAGCUGACUCAGAACUGGGUCCAUCCGUAUUGUUCUUUGGUUGCAGAAACCGGCAAACGGAUUACAUUUAUGAAGAUGAGCUCAACAACUUUGUGAACAGUGGUGCACUUUCUGAGCUUGUGGUUGCCUUCUCACGCGAGGGACCUGCCAAGGAAUACGUGCAACAUAAAAUGAUGGAGAAGGCCGCAGACAUAUGGGACAUGAUUUCUCAGGGAGGCUACCUUUAUGUGUGUGGUGAUGCUAAGGGCAUGGCCAGAGAUGUCCAUCGAACUCUACACACUAUUUUGCAAGAGCAGGGAUCACUGGACAGCUCAAAGGCUGAGAGCAUGGUGAAAAACCUGCAAAUGAGCGGCAGGUAUCUACGCGAUGUAUGGUGAUGAUUACUAGGAAAAAUACCAAAAAUGAAAACAUUAUAAAAUACGCGAUGUCCGGUCAUAUUGUUUGGAGGGAAGAAAGUGGCAGAAGGGUGCAUGUAGUAGCAUUGCCGUAUCUGGGGUUGAAAGGAUGGGAAUUCAAUUUAUUGCCUAUAGAAGUGUUGUGAUUCUUUUUUUUUCAGUGUUGAAUAAUUUUGUACGAUGUAAUAUAUUUAUUUUAAAGACACACAAGUCUAAUGUAAUCGGGAGUAUGGUGCUGGUGUUGGAGCGUCGUUGUAAGGGAG